CAAUACCAGACUGUAAAAUGAAAACUUUGUCACUUCUCAGGCUUUUUCUGCUGAGGUUUCAUUGAGAAGUCCGCCAAGAUGACGUUCCGUGUGGAAAACAUGUCCUUCAAGCAGGGUCAGGAGAUGACAUUCACAGGGAAAACCAAGUCUGGAGCCUCUAAUUUCACCAUCAACAUCGGCCACGACAGUGACAACUACGCCCUCCACUUCAACCCUCGUUUCAACCACGGACACAUUGUGUGUAACUCUCUGUCUGGAGGAAGCUGGGGAGACGAACUCAAGGAAGGUCACUUCCCCUUCCAGGAUGGAGAGCAGUUCAAGCUGGUCCUCAAUUUCACCAAUGAGCAGUUCUACAUCAAGCUGCCAGACGGUCACAUGAUGGACUUCCCCAAUCGCCUUGGCGACUGCAAGUACAAACACAUCAUGGUUGACGGAGAUGUCAAGGUCAUCAGCUUGAAAAUCAAAUAGAGGUUGACCUUUAACCUCUGACAGCUGUCUAAAUCCUUUGAAACAAUACCUGUGAAUUUAUUUAUACCAACUCUGAGCUCUUAUUGUGUACGUUGUGUAGUGAGAGGAAAACCCACUAGGUGGCGCCACUGUCAAACACACUUCUACCAGAAACCUGUGGAGAGACCAUUCCAGAUGUGUUAAUAAAACCUCCGUGAAAGCAAACAAUGUUUUCAAUAUCUUUAUGUGGCCUUUGUAUAAUCUUUGAAUACUUUUGAUGUGUCAUUAACGAGAGUCUGGAUCUUUAUUUCCUUAUUCACUAGUAUUCAAAUCUGUGUACCCAACCAAUAAACUUCGAUUUGUUUUAGUGUA